AUGAGAUUCUUUAAAAAACUUUUAAAAUGCUUUAAGAAAAACCAAAAACAAGAAGACAGCUGGGAUAAUGUUUGUGAAAAGGUUGAGUCUUGGUCGUCAAGUUCAACAGACGAUAAAGAAGAUUCUUUUGAAAACUCCUUACCAACCGUUGAAAUUGAUAAUCAAUUCUCUGUAAUUGAUCUGAAGUUUUAUACAAGAUACGAAGAAUACAUUGAAGAUGUAAGAAGAGAAGACCCUGAGAAAUAUGAAAAAUUCAAGAUGUAUUUCUCAUUUUUGGAUGCGCAUAGAAGAAAGCAAUAUGAGGAGGAUUUUGAGUACACGAUAGGAGUUUUAAACAAAAAUUUUACUCAUAUUUACCUCUUAAGUUAUGAUGACCUGUUAGAAUAUGCUGAAAAUAAUUUAAGAGAUGGUGGAGAAUACCCGCAUCUUAAUAUCCGAACAGGGAGAAGCGUAGUCUCUUGCGAGAGAGAUGAACACGAUGUGAGGCAGCGAAUGACGCAUGAGAUAACCAUCUUUUUUGGUGAAGCGUAUUCACGUCUCUCUGGUUGA